AUGGCUCCCGCUAACCUCCCCUCGAUCUUCAAUGCCACUUCCCAGGACAUUGAGAUGCUGCUUGCAGCUCAAGCCCACCUGGGAAGCAAGAACCUCCAGGUUCACAUGGAGCCCUACCUGUGGAAGACCCGUGCCGACGGUGUCAACGUGAUCAACGUUGGCAAGACCUGGGAGAAGAUUGUCCUCGCCGCCCGCAUCAUCGCCGCCGUCGACAACCCAGCUGACAUUUGCGUCAUCUCUGCCCGUCCCUACGGUCAGCGUGCCGUCCUCAAGUUCGCCGCCCACACCGGCGCCGUCGCCAUUGCCGGUCGCUUCACCCCCGGUUCCUUCACCAACUACAUCACCCGCUCUUUCAAGGAGCCCCGCCUCAUCAUCGUCACCGACCCCCGUACCGAUGCCCAGGCCAUCAAGGAGGCUUCCUACGUCAACAUCCCCGUCAUCGCCCUCUGCGACACCGACUCCCCCACCGAGUACGUCGACGUUGCCAUCCCCACCAACAACAAGGGUCGUCACUCCAUCGGUCUCGUCUGGUGGAUGCUCGCCCGUGAGGUCCUCCGCCUCCGCGGCACCAUCUACAACCGCGAGACCCCCUGGGACACCAUGGUCGAUCUGUACUUCUACCGCGACCCCGAGGCUGAGGCCGAGGAGAAGGUCGAGGAGGAGAAGCUCCCCGGCGUUGAGGAGGAGGGCGUUGCCGCCAUUGAGUCCGGCUUCCCCGCCACCGGCGACUGGGACGCCCAGGCUCCCGGCUUCACCGGUGCUCAGGCUGGUGCCAACUGGGACGGUGCUGGUGAUGAGUGGGCUGCCGCUGGCGCCGCUCCCACCGGUGACUGGGCCGCUGCCGGCGACGCUGCCGCUGCUGCCCCCAAGGAGUCUUCCUGGUAA